CUGUAGGGUACAGGUGCGGAAGCGAUGACCGCAGUCAGCUAACCAGCUCACAGGUCGCGAGAUGAAACGCCCGAACCCAGAUCCGACGCAAGAAGAAGCCAGGUGAACCCAGACAGCAACACCACAACGACCACACACACUCACUGAUCUCCCUUGGUUGGCGCUGCGUACGUGCUACAUGUGCAGCAAAGUCGCCCGAUCUGAUGGCGACCCGUCUGCAGCCGCGCCACAAGCACCUCAAGCACCACCACAAGGUCGGUUCGGUUGUGUAUCGCUGUCCUCCCACCAAUCUGUUUGUCUGUCUGUCUGUCUAAUGCAUCAGGCGAUGUGAGUGCAUCAGGUGAGGCCGCAUCCGCUGCUGCUGCUGCUGUUGCUGUGUCGGUGUCGCCCGGGCCGGCUCCCAUCUCGCCGGGCACCGCCGCAAUCAGCAGCCCAGCGAUGGAGGCCAUGGCGAGGGCAGCACUCCUGGUAGCCAACACACAUCAACACCAUUCAUUAUAUGCAUCUGUCUACCUGCUGCUUGUGAAGGCGCAAGCGGGUGUUCCGAGCACCACUGACAGCAGCACAAAACCUGCAAGGUGCGCAUUAGGAUCAGGAAACAGAGGCGACCUGCCUGCCUGCCUGUCUGUCUGUCUGUCUGCCAGCCUGUCUUGCUCGGAUGCACUCAUUAGAAUACCCUCCCUGGUGUCUGUCGUUUGCUGCCUGCCCAUGUAUGUGUGUGUGUGUGUGUGUCAGGAAGGUGUAUGUGGGGAACGUGCCGAUGCUCGUGACGGAGAUGCAGAUAAAGCAGUUCUUCAACACCAUACUCGACUCACUGCUGCCAAACAAACCACCUGGCGAAGUGGUCAGAAGGAGAAGAAAACAAACGACGGGAUGGAUGGAGGCAGGCAGGGGCAGACAGACGGCAAUGGUUGGUCGAUCGGUCGAUGGAUGGAUGGGUGGAUCUGGGGGGCAGGUGACGGAGGUGUACCUGAACGCUGCGAAGCGGUUUGCCUUCAUCGAACACCGGUCGGUAUGCGUUUUUCUGCAUACCCUACUCGGCGUGGGGGCUGCGGUUCGUUCAUGUGUGUGCUCCGCCUGCUGCGUCUGGUCAGUUCCAUCGAGGAGGCCAAUUUCACCAUCUCCCUCGACGGACUCAACAUGGUCAGACAGACAGACAGGGAGGGAGGGAGGGAGGGCAGGCACACGACCGUCAUGGCACACGUGUGUAUUGAUUGCUCUGUGCAGAUGGGGUGUUCGCUGAAGCUGCGUCGUCCGCAGGACUACAACGCCACCCUCGCGCAGGCCCAGCUGCAACAGGUACGUGUUAGGUUACGUACGUACGUACCAGAGGGAGAGAGACUGUGAGUGCAUUGCAUGCGGACCAAAACGACCACAGUGCACUGCACUGCAAGCCAUCGGCGUCGGACUCCUUCAUUCACAUGUGUAUCGUAUCGUAUCGGCUCGAUGCGCCACAGGAGAUUGCUCGGAGGGGCGGCGUCUCUGUGGUUGCUGGGGCCAAGCCGCUCUCGUCUAUCGCGGGCAGCCAGGGUAAAUUAAAUGCAUAUAUACACGCGACCGACCGAGCGACAUCCAUGGCUGUCUGUCUGUCUGUCUGUCUGUGGGUGCGUUGGAUUGGAUACACUGUGUGUUUGUGUUCAGAGAUAGUGUCCACGUCGGUGGAGGACAGCCCCAACAAGGUCUUCAUCGGCGGCCUCCCACACAACCUCUCGGAGCAAAACGUCAAGGUACCUACCCACACACUACAGCGGACAAUGCUACAUCCAGAGACGUAUCCCUCCCCGGUUUGGUCUUGUCCGUCCGUUCGUCUGUCUGUCUGUCUGUGUGUCUUUGUGCAGGAGAUGCUGCAGAAGUUCGGCCCUCUCAAGGCCUUCCACCUCGUCAAGGUCAACCAACACACAAACGAACGCACUGACUGACUGACCCUCUCCCCCUCUCUCUCCGUCCCUCUCUCUCUCUCUCUCUCUGUGCGUGUGUGCAUUCAGGAGCGUGAGAGGGACACGUCGAAGGGCUUCGCCUUCUGCGAGUGGCGCGACCCCAACGUCACCGACGUCGCAUGCGCCAACCUCAAUGGGACCGUCAUCGGUAGGGAGGGAGGGAGGGAGGGAGAGGGGGAGUACAGGUGGCCAGCAUGCGCGCGGCAUCUGUCUGUCUAUCUGUCUGUCUGUCUGUGUCUGCGUGUCAUGUGCUUGCUGUUCAGGCGACCGUACACUCAACGUGCGCCGGGCGCUUCCUCAUGGGGUACGUCAGAGUGGAGUGAGAAUAUGGCACCAACACAUUCAUUCAGUACAUCCCUGUGUGCCUCAUGUGUGCCUCUGUGCGGCUGUAGAGUGCGUCAUCGGUUGCGUCUGUGAGCCCGACCACAGUGGCGAUUGUGUCAGGGGUGCCCAAGGCCGGCGGAAUUGGGUGAGAGUGCGUGUGUCCAGUCCACAGAGCACGACAACACAACACAACGCAGGCCUCGGCCCUCUGUGGAUCCAUCCAUCCAUCCACCUAUCCGUUGCUGCAGCAAGCCGAGUCGCGUCAUGUCGUUCACCAACCUCCUCACCGUUGCACAUCUGGUCGGUACCAACACAAACACACACACGACUGCUAACCACCGACACAGAGCUCACCUGACCGACUGUGUGUGUCUCUGUUGGUGCGUAUUGUGUCUGUGCCAUCCAUCCAUCAGUCUAGCCACGAUGAGAUUCGACGUCUGAUGGAGUUGGCGCGCGACGAGUGCGCCAAGAUCGCCGCCGUGCGUGUGGUCGAGUUCCACAACGGCGCCGUUCUCGUCGAAUUCCCUAACGUCAAAGACGCCGCCAGGGCCAUCCAGAAAUUCCAGAGUCAGAACCAGUGAAGGCGCCUCGAUCCGUAACCCUUCUGUUGUCAUCUCUCCCUCUGUCUCUCUCUCUGUGUCUUGGUUUAUAUGUCAGAUGGUGUGUUGGACGGUCGCGUGAUGCAGGUAUCGUUCGCCGAGCUCACCGCAAGCAUGCAGCAGGCCGCCAUUGCACGUAUGCAGCAGGCCGCCGCUGCAGCUUCAUCGGCUUCCGCCCCAUCGGCCCAACCGGCAGCAGCAGCAGCACCAGCACCAGCACCAUCGAGCAGCCCCUCCCCUCCCCCUCCCCCAUGCCCAUCCAAUGGCACCCUGCCAAACGACGCAGCAGAAGAAAGAGGUGGCCAGACGGACGCGGCCCCCAGGAGCAAUGGGACUGGCGACAGGCCAGAUACCGGGCCGAGCCAAGGGGCGGGGGAGGCCAAUGGCGGCGAUGGGGCGAACGACAGAGAGGGCGACAAGAGCUGACAGGG